CAAAUGAAAAGAACUUUUAUAAAAGGGUUAACACGAUUCGAGCAGCUGAUCGUAAGUUUUGUUUAUUGAAGCAAACGAUUUUGAAAAGAAACUAAAAUUUGUAAAAUUUUCGUGAUGAAUUCGCCAGAUCUUUGUACAGUUAGUUCUCCAAUUGCAGAAGCAGAAAAUCGACAAAAUGACGAACAGUGGAAUAAAUCUUUGAUUGAAAAAGAUAGGAUACCGAUAUCCCAAGGAGCUUGUUCUCCUAAAAUGGAGACGAUAACAGCAUCAGUGUCUCCAAUGUAUGCUCAGAAAUCCGUCUCCAAACAAAAUGGCGUACCCUACAAGAAAAAAAUGAGGUUGGAAGAUGAAGAUUACGAUUCUUUGGAGAUGGCUUGCAAUUUGACUUCAGAGAUAGCUGAUGACUGUGAAGCUUUCGGCAGGCAUGUCGCUGCACAAUUAAGGUUAAUGACGCGAAUGCAGAAAUUCAUGGCCGUCAGACUCAUUUCUGAAAUAUGUUUCCGUGGCCAAAUUCAACACUUGUCUCUGUCCACCAAUAUUGUGAAUUCAUCCCAACAACAGUCUCAGCAGCAGCAACAAACACACCUUCAGGCGCAGCCCGUUUUUCCGCGGCCUCCUCAUAUCUCAACCGCAUCCAUUUAUGCAAGAUUACCAGAUUAUUCGAUGCUUCACCAACAAGGUAUGCGUGCGCCUAACCUCCCACCUUUCCAGGGAUUUAUGCAACCUCAACAGGAGCAUGGACACUUGGAAUCAGUUGGACCAAAUUUUAGUAGCUCUUAAAAAUGUAAUGGAUACUUAAUUUAUUCUACCCAGAUUCAGUUAGCAAAAUUGUAAAUGCUACUAUCAAUUUCGUCAGUUAAAGCUUGUUUUGAAAACUCUAGAAGAGACCUUUCUUAAUUAAUUUUUUUAAAACGAAAAUUCAUGUAUCUUUAUUUCAUAUUAAAUAUACUAGAUGUUUA